AUGGUUCCUUGGCCUGCUCUGCAUGCACCACCACCAGCGCCUGGGAGAGAGAGAGAGAGAGAGAGAGAGAGAGAGAGAGAGAGAGAGAGAGAGAGAGAGAGAGAGAGAGAGAGAGAGAGAGAGAGAGAGAGAGAGAGAGAGAGAGAGAGAGAGAGAGAGAGGCAAGGGAGAGAGCGCGCCAUCCCGCCAGCAGAGGGAUCCAACGUCCACCGCCUCCGAGCCAUGGACCAGCCACAGCAGGUGUGGAGCACCCAGCUGGAACCGGGCCCCGGCGAGGUGGGCCCCAGCGGGGGGGCCCCCGGCGAGGGCGACGGCGACAGCCGCGCCUCGGUGUGCAGCCAGCCCGAGUGCUCCAUCUGCUUCAACACCUACGACAACGUGUUCAAGACCCCCAAGCUGCUGGACUGCACCCACACCUUCUGCCUGGAGUGCCUCUCCCGCCUCAUGGCCGUGACGGGCACCCCUGACCAGGACCAGGGCGCCGGGGGCGGGGCCGACGGGAGCGCCGUCCCCGCCCCCGGGCAGCUCUCGUGCCCCUUCUGCCGCCAGCACACCACGCUGUCGGAGCUGGGGCCCCCGGCGCUGGCCACCAGCAGGGAGGUGCUGUGCAAGCUGCCGCGCCACCAGCAGCACGAGGAGCCCGUGUGGCUGGAGGGCGAGAAGCUGUGCUACAAGAGCCCGGACCCGGACGCCGGCAGCGCCCAGAGCGCCGGCCGCGCCCCCUCCUCCUCCUUCUGCAUCUGCAUCGACAUCGGCGCCAACAAGGCGGCCGAGGCGGCGGCGGCGCCGGGCCAGCGGCGCCGGAGCCCGGGGGUGUUUGAGCGCCUGACCGACUGGAAGCGGCUGCUGGUGUUCGUGCUGCUGACGCUGGUGCUGGUGGUGGUGGUGCUGUGGCCCCUGCAGUGCAUCCUAACCACCGGCAACAUGCACUGCAAGACCAACAAGCACGUAGACGGCAACACCCCCAGCCCCACCCCCACCCCCCCGGCCCUGGCCCUCAGCUCCUUCGGCUACACGACCGCCGCGUCCCACCGCUGAGGCACCGGGGGUCGGGGGUCGGACGACCGGCGAGGGCUCUCGACGCGGUGAGAAGCUACGCACAUGCAGUGCAACGGAUGUGGCCAUGAUUCAUCUCAAUGGAGGCCCAUCGAGUGAUGUCACCAUGGGAAGGUAGGACAGGGACACAGGGAGGGAGAGCCACAUGGGACAGAGUGUCAGAACGCAGUGCUGGAUCACACGCGCUGGGCGGACAAAGAAUGUAUUUAUGUGCCAGGUACCUGCACUUAAAUUCACUGUGAAUGAAUGGACGAAUGGCGAAUGUUUUUCCCUCUACCACACGUGGAGCCUAUUUCUAUGUGACAGGUCACGGACAGAAACGGAGCAGACUGAACUACCGUCUUGUCAGAGGCAGUUUACACAACACCAACUAAAGUUGACCGUUGAUUUCAGAAUUUGAACCACAAACCUAAUGACUGUGUACAAGCCAAAUUUGUAACAAAUGUGAACUAACAAAAGGAAUAUUUUUCAGAAUUUCUACAUACUUUUUCCUUCCCAUUUCUAAAACAAAAAAUCAAUCUUGUACUUGGGUGACAAUCGGAAAUUAAAAAGUGUAUAUAUUGUGUAUAUUUGAUUUGUGAUUUUGUAUUUGAUACCUGAAUUGUCAUAAUAAAACAAACCAACAAGUGAGAAAGUAUGAGUACACUUAAAUCACCAACGCCAUCCUAACGAUGUGAUUAUAAUCACAGCGUUAGGAUGACGUUGGUCGUUGCUCUGUCGACUUUAUGGCCGCAGUUUAUGACUUGUCUGCUCUGUGUGUUUUGGCAAGAGGCCAAGCCUUCCUUGAUCCUAAUCAAAGGUUUGUCUUCCCGUCAGAUCCUGUAAAUGGUUUGUGGGGUUUCUCCACUGGUUAAACUGUGACAAAGGGCUGAUAAGGAUAUAAUUACAUUUCCUGAAGAACUGAAAUUCGGGAAGAAGUGUUCAGACAUAAUAAAAAGUCUAUUUCCUCCUACUCCUUCUCGAAAUUCGCCUCAAAAAGCUGUAAAAAAGGGUAGUUCGGAAAUUCUUUUAUUUUAAAGAUAUUUUUUUAUUCAUUUAAUUUUGUAAAAUAUUGUUAUUUGGAAAACAAUGCUGUAGGCCUACACCUUUUUUAGUUUUAGUAUUUUUUCUGCUAGUUUAAGUUUGUAUGUUUGAGUUGAGAUAGAAACAUUUUAAAAUGAUCAGUAAUCUGUGUGCAUUUCCCUUGAUAACCAAGCAAGUAGACUCAUGACACCAUUUGUUUAUCAUAUCGCAAUCGCAAAUCGCAAUAUUGUCCACGAUAAUCGCAAUAUGACUUUUUCACCAAAUCAUGCAGCACUACUUACAAGUAACAAAAGUAGAUUAUUUCAUGAUUCACCUUUGAUUUAAAAGCCUCCGUCAUAACGGUGAUGGUAUUUAUGAUAAAUUACUGAAGCUCAGGUGGUCCACCUUCCCAAUUAAAGCUGUAGUUGUUUCAAUAUAGAUUUUUCUUAAAUGGGACCAGUUUGUUCUGUUCUGACAGAUCCACACAAAAGACCAUAACAGAACCUCACAGAAAACGAUUUAAUAAUGACCAUUUAGCUCAUGUUUUCAGCCUAUCCAGAGCCGGCAAACUGAAUUCAGAGAGAAGACUUUGGGGUCAGGCACCUUUCUCAAGGAUGCCUACAGCUAGCCUGCAGAUGUUGGGGUUCGAACGUUUACACUCAGAACCUUUCGGUUUAGAGUUAAACACUCUGACCAGAACUAGACUCUCCUGCCCCCUGAACCUGAAUAGCACAAGGAGUCUGCUAACAGAGAAAGAGGUAAUGUUUAGACAUAACAUUUCCUUAAAGAUUUAUUUUUCAUUUAUCGUCAUCAUCACAUCAGCAUUCGUUGCCCGUACGAAGAAGAAGGCUUUGGUGCCGGAAGGAGGGCGCCAGGACCGGGCUGGGAGUGGAAGCUACACCCCCCCGAACACAACCUCUCACAUUGUGGGCCUCAUUCACCUGGCAGCCAUCUUGGUUCCAUCUUGAACGUGAACGCCCAUUGGCUAGCGUUUAGAGCCAAGAUGGCAGCUAGCUGAAUAAGACCCAUCGCAACUAAUUAGAUUAACGACUAAAUAAUAACAACCAUAAUUAAAAUAUUAACAAUACAAAAAAGAUAAAAUAUCAUAUUCAAGUAAAUUUAAGAACGAGUGAGAUUGUUAAAGUUGACCCCCAGGUUCACUGGUUUAACUUCACAAAGUCAGAAAAGAACAAUAAUGGCUCACAUCAUAGAAAACGCAUGAAUGGAUAAAACACUUAACAAAAGUAAAAAUUUAAAAUACGAGAAGAGAAAUACAACACUGGUGGUAUAUAUCUAUACCUAUAUAUAUAUAGAUAUAUAUAUCUUUAGUGCACAUCCAAAGCAGCCCUCUGGUCUUACCCAGAAGGCAAGCCUCGUGCGAGAGCUACAGCAGUUUCAGACCGAUUCUUCAAGUAUCAAAGUGUCAAUGUUUAACCACAUUAAGGUUUUACAACAUCAAUGUUUUACCAAAUACAUGUGUCAAUGUUUCAACGUCUCCA